ACAUUGUUUUCCAAAAAAUGGCUGCCACCACCAUACCCCUAUCUCUACCUCACUUGUUUCUUCUUUUUCUCUUCGUCUUGGCUGUCUCUUGGCCCACCGGAAAUGCCCUAAGGUUAUUUGCCUGCGACCCAAGAAAUGCCGCCGUCAAGGAUUUACCCUUUUGCAAGAUUAACUUGCCCAUAGCAGAUAGAGUGAGGGAUUUGAUCGGCCGGCUGACGUUGAAAGAGAAGCUGGGGCUGUUGGUGAACAAUGCAACGGCGGUGCCACGGCUGGGGUUGGUGGAGUAUGAGUGGUGGUCAGAGGCACUUCAUGGUGUCUCUAAUGUGGGUCCUGGAACCAGGUUCGGUGGUGACUUCUCUGGCGCAACCGCCUUCCCUCAGGUCAUCACCACCGCUGCUUCGUUCAAUGCCUCCUUAUGGGAAGAAAUCGGGCGGGUGGUGUCUGAUGAAGCUAGAGCAAUGUACAAUGGAGGGUGGGCAGGUUUAACAUAUUGGAGCCCAAAUGUCAACAUAUUUAGAGACCCAAGAUGGGGCAGAGGACAAGAGACUCCUGGUGAAGACCCAAUUGUAGCAGGUGAAUACGCUGCCAGAUAUGUUAGGGGACUACAGGGUAACCUACCUGGUGAUCGUUUGAAAGUGGCUGCAUGUUGUAAACACUACACUGCCUACGAUCUUGAUAACUGGAGUGGGGUUGAUCGCUUCCAUUUUAAUGCUAAGGUAAGCAGGCAGGAAAUGGUGGAUACAUUUGAAGUGCCAUUCAGACAAUGUGUGAUGCAAGGGAACGUGGCAAGUGUUAUGUGCUCUUAUAAUCAAGUCAAUGGCAUUCCCACCUGUGCUGACCCUAGACUUCUGAAAGACACCAUCCGUGGGGCUUGGCGUCUGAAUGGGUACUAUUUCUGGUUUUGCAUUAUUGCAUUUGAAUUCAUUCCAUCACUAGCUUGUUUUGCUUUCUAUGUCUUCAAUAUUGUUUCACCAAAUAGGUACAUAGUCUCGGAUUGCGACUCUGUUGGAGUGUUCUAUGACAAUCAACACUACACAGCCACUCCUGAAGAAGCUGCUGCAGAUGCUAUAAAAGCAGGUUUGGAUUUGGACUGUGGACCAUUCCUAGCUGUCCACACACAGGGUGCGGUUGAACGAGGUCUCUUGAAGGAGAAUGACAUCAAUAGUGCAUUAGUUAACACCCUUACAGUUCAAAUGAGAUUAGGAAUGUUUGAUGGAGACUCCGCUGCUCAGCCCUUUGGUAAUCUUGGGCCAAGAGAUGUGUGCACCCCAGCUAAUCAGGAGCUAGCUCUUGAAGCAGCAAGGCAAGGGAUUGUUCUUCUUAAGAAUCAUGGCCCUUCCCUGCCUCUAUCCCCAAGACGCCACCGCACCGUUGCUGUCAUUGGCCCUAAUUCUGAUGUUACUGUUACCAUGAUUGGAAACUAUGCCGGUAUUGCAUGUGGAUAUACAACUCCUCUCCAAGGAAUAGGGAGAUACACAAAAACAAUUCACCAGCCAGGUUGCCCCAAUGUGAAUUGCAAGAAUGCUCACCACUUUGGUGAUGCCAUCAAUGCAGCCCGCCAAGCAGAUGCAACGGUGUUGGUAAUGGGUUUGGACCAGUCAAUAGAGGCAGAGUUCAAAGACAGAGAAGGGUUGCUACUACCAGGGUAUCAACAAGAACUUGUAUCUAAGGUUGCUGCAGCCUCAAAGGGACCCAUUAUAUUGGUGCUCAUGUCUGGAGGGCCUAUCGAUGUGUCUUUCGCUGAGCAUGAUCCUCGAGUAGGUGCUAUUCUUUGGGCCGGCUACCCUGGCCAAGCUGGAGGCACUGCUAUUGCGGAUGUGUUGUUUGGAACACAUAAUCCAGGAGGAAAGCUACCAAUGACGUGGUAUACACAAGAUUACCUCUCAAAGGUGCCAAUGACAACAAUGGACAUGAGAUCGAACCUAGCAAGGGGUUACCCAGGCCGGACCUAUCGUUUCUACAAAGGCCCAGUCGUCUAUCCUUUUGGGCAUGGAUUCAGCUACUCAAAUUUCAUCCAGACGCUCGCCAGUGGUCCUGCAAUUUUUACAGUUCCAGUGGAUGGGCGCCACAAAAAUACAACCAUAUCCACCAAUGCAAUAAGGGUAACGCAUGCCAAGUGUGGCAGGCUGUCUCUCGGUCUACAAGUGGAUGUGAGGAACGCGGGUUCUAAAGAUGGGUCCCACACACUGCUUGUGUACUCGACCCCACCAGUUGGUCACUGGGGUCCCCACAAACAGUUGGUUGCCUUUAAGAAGGUGCAAGUACCAGCAGGGACACAGCUGAGGGUGCCUAUAAACAUUCAUGUGUGCAAGUUCUUGAGCGUUGUUGAUAGGUCUGGAAUUAGAAGAAUUCCUAUGGGUCAACAUAGUCUUCACAUCGGUGAUGUCAAACAUCUUCUCUCCCUUCAGUCGACUUUAGGGGUGAUCAAGUCCUAGAUUUUUGUGGAAAGGCAGCUUUACCGUGCCUGGUUGGACUUUGGCAUAUGUGUGACCCUGUUCUUCCUCCCCAAACAGCCAUACAAAACCCAAAGGCUUCCCAAAUUAUAAACUACUCAAGAAUCAUGUCUUGAAUACCAGACAGAAGGAUGUAUGGAUCUUCUGACUGGUUAGAAGUUAGAACUUGAAUCUGCAUAGCUUAGCAAUAAGAAUUGUUGCUCAGCUCAUUCAAUUAGGGAAUGAUGCAGAAACAGGCAAAACAAUGGAAAUUGGGUAGAUAAUUCUUAUCAUUUUUUAUCAAUAUUCUUAUAAUAUAAUUGUUAAGAAAAUUGUGUUUCAGCUUUGUCUUGAUAUUUGCCACAAAUUGUUGGUAAUUUGGCAAUUAGGGCAUAAGAGGGAGAUUCUGAAAUCGGGCAUGGUAACAGUUACAGACCCAAAAGAGCCCUAGAAUCACAAUCCCCUUGUCGGUGAUUCAUCUAUUAACUUUCUGUAGCAACGGUGUAAAACAAAUUACAUGUAAUCCACGAAUUUGAAGGAGACAAACAUGAUACAAUGAAACACUAAAAAGAUGAAUUGCGGAUAACUAAAUAGAACGAAGAUAGAUGAAAUUUGAGGAAAAGUAAGAUGCUGAAAUGGAGAGGGAGAGGUUAUAGAAAGA